GGUACAUCACUGUCUCAGGUGAAUUUACUCUCAACUCCAGUUAGUUAUGUGGUGAAUGCCUGGGUUUUAUUUCAGUCCCAGCUUGCUUCCGAUUCGCAGACCUACCUCGGCAGCUGUGGGAGUUGAAGACUGUUGUUUUUUGACGACUUUGGCCGAAGUUACCAGUCACAAUGACGACCUUGGACGAUAAGAUCCUCGGAGAAAAGCUGCAGUACUACUACAGUAGCAGCGACGAUGACGACAGUGACCGCGAUGAGAAUGAGCAAAAGACCAUCAAAAAUCCUGUGAUUUCUGUGGGCGCAGAGGUGCGGGAGCGGAGUGCUGUGAACACAGGUCCGAAAGGAGUUAUCAAUGACUGGCGGCGCUUCAAGCAGCUGGAAACAGAGCAGCGUGCCGAGCAGCGCCGCGAGGUCCACCGGCUCAUCAAGAAGCUGUCGAUGAGCUGUCGUUCUCACCUCGACGAACAGAAGGAUCUCCACAAGCAGAAGGUGGUCCAGGACAAGGUCAAUGGCAAGUUGACACUGAAAGAAUGCAAUAUGCUGAAUGAGCAGGACGAUGAGGUGUUUCUGGAGCAGUACCGCAAGCAGCGGAUGAAGGAGAUGAGGGAGCACCUCUACAGCGGCAAGCGCUUUGAGCAGAUCUACGAGCUAACCAGCUCCGAGGACUUUCUGGACACAAUUGAUAAAGAGGAGAAGAACACUCUGAUCGUAGUUCACAUCUACGAAGAUGAACUGCCGGGUUGCGAAGCCAUGAACGGCUGCCUGAUCUGCCUGGCCUCCGACUACCCGCUGGUAAAGUUCUGCAAGAUCCGUAGCUCCGUGAUUGGCGCCAGUGCCCGGUUCACUGACAACGCCUUGCCUGCUCUCCUGGUCUACAAGUGCGGCGACCUGAUCGGCAACUUUGUGCGCAUCACCGACCAACUGGGGUAUGACUUCUUCGCCGCUGACCUGGAGUCAUUUCUGCGCGAGUACGGCGUGCUGCCGGAGAAAGAUGCGGUGUCACCCAUGUCCAUUAAGAGUGCCUCAGUGUGCCGUAAUGAUGAUAGUGACCUUGACAUUGACUGACCCUCAGUUGAAAGAGCUAUCUCCUCAUGGUGUAGAGCAAUCAUUACUCAGGCUUAGUUUGUUUUCAGUGUCAGUUCCCCACGUAGCCUAUGCCUGAUUUGUUGGUUUGAGGUGCUGCUUGUUUUUAUUUACAUCGCUGAGAAUAUUAAUCAGACCAGUGCACACCAGGGGCCAGGUGAUUUUUAGCCUCAGACGUUAGGUCCCCAUCCCUCUAUCGUCUAUGCACACCGCCUCUCCCCUCUGUCAUCAUGAUUGACAUUCCUACUCAUUAACCAGCAAGCACGCUUUGGAUGGGUUCCACAGCGACUCUGAGAAUGGUUAAAGCUGAGCUAAAUGUACAGUUAGACUCGUACUGCUGUUUGCAAAUCCAAAAGUGUGACCAGCUAAAUCUGAUACUCUGCCACUGAAGAGUCUGUUUUACUGUAGCACUGUAAAUAAUUUAUUGGUUGUCCAAAUCCAUCCUCAUCAAUCUUCAUUGAUCCUCUGUAUAAUAUCAUCUAACACACACACACACACACACACACACACACAAAAUGCUGGACGAGUUCAGAAGGUCUGAUAGCAUAUAUGGAGGGGAUUAAAUAGUCAUCACUUUGGUCCAAGACCCUUCAUCUGACCUGCUGAGUUCCUCUCACAUUUUGUGUGUGUGGCUCUGGAAUUCCAGCAUCUGCAGAAUCUCUUGUGUUACUGAUACCAUCUGCUUUCCUGCCUCUUCAAAGUUUUAAUAAUUUACAAUUAAACCAGAUUGCUACUUUUUCUAAGAAAUUCUUGAUUGGGAGCCAGGACAAAUCGGAGAAUUGUAGCUGGUUCUGCUUUCAAGGAUGCCUCUGGUUUUCCAGUUGAGGGAACAUGUUUUGCUUUAUGUAUAUAUAUCUACCUCCUAGUCCCCGCUUACCACAGUUUCUGGGUGCUCAUCUGCAAUACUGUAACCUGUACUGAACUUGCUUUGUGGCAUUCAACCAGUUUACAUUCAAAACUUAAAGAAAUGCAAGCUGUUUUUUAACUUUACCUUUUAAAUAAAAUCUUUAAUUUCUUUCUGCUGGUCAUACCUUGAAGCAUGUUUGUUCUGUUGUGUCUGAAGUGUGUGUAAAUCUAAGCCCUGAUGUGAUCUAUUUACUAUGCAGUGUUCAGUGAAUUAUUAGCAUGGUUGGUGAAAUUUUAUAGGCUGUUUUUAACAAGCUCUUUGUGUGCUCCACAUUUGUUAGGAUCUUCUGUAGAACCAUAAACUCCAUGAUAAGUUUAAAAUGUCCAAAUGAAGUAAAGUUAUCAAGCAUUUUCAAACAUCUUUGCAGCUUUUCGUAUUUUGCUUAUAAGAAUGACAGAACUGCAUUUUAAAUUGUUACAUUUAUAAAAGGGAGUGUGUCCUUGUUUCCCAUUCACCUGAAUCUAAUAAAAAGAUAGUGAAAUU